ACCUGACGGAACGUGGGCAACUUGUGCAUCACCGGUGAGGAUGUGGAUCUCCUUUUUUUUUUUGUGAAAAUUUCUUGAGGCGAUUUGAAGGGCUUGGGUACCAGGCAGGUUGCAGCUAGAGCGAGACAAUGCCUCUAGUAGGCUCGCGUAUCACUUUAUUAUCCCCGUUGCGGGCUUUCGCUGGGCUCACGGGCCCCAACCAAGGGGCGUCUGUCUAUGUAUCAGCCUCUGCCGUUCCCCCCGAGAAGGAGUGGGAUGAGAGCGAGAGUGAGACUGAGUCUUUUGUCGAUGGCCUGAUGCCGUCGUUGCGGGCCAGUUUGUGUGUAUGUAAAUCACAGGAAGCAUAACCGCUGGCGCUGGGAGGAGGAGCUAUACCUAGGUAACCACCUGGCCAGCCCCCCGAUUGGUGAGCCUUACGAGCCGGCAUUCCAGAGGGGUGUGUGGCCCGGACCUAGGGCAGAGAAGCUCGCCGUUGUUGUGUUGUAGCUCAUAGCUCAGCUCAGCUUGAAGAGAUUUUUUCUCUCCUUUCCUCGCUUGUUCGGUUUUGAAAGUGCAAGACAAGACACGAUAAGAACUCGUAGCCUGAAACAUGCC